GGGAAGCUCGACGCAUGCUUCCUUCCUUAAUGUCGACCGGCCCCCGGACUCGAAGGAUUCGAGUGUUCGACGGUGUUCAGUGGCUCGCGUUGGAUCUCCGGCGAUCGUUCCAAGCAGCUCGUAGCUCGCGUGAGUUUCGUGAAUCACGGGUGGAUCGCGGUCCCGUACUCACUCGCUCUAACGUCAACAGACAACCUCGGCAACCCGUGAGUGAUCCCGUUUUGACUCGAAUGGAGCAUUAGUGAGAUUUCUCGAUUUUAACGAAACUGUCCGUGCGCGCACCGCUUUCGCCCGCGAUUUGAAAACCGCGCCAUCACGCGUUUUCUCUCUCCCUUUUCUGUCCCUCUUUCUCUCGCCGUCACGUCGAAGAAAAUUUGUGUUCCCGGACCAGAGGAGACUUUGCUCUUCCACGGACGGGAAAAUUUCGUCUUUGCACGCAUUCUGCGGACCAGAUUUUUUGCAUGACCCGUCCCCUCCGAAUCGGCGUGUAGCCGCGACCGUUCUUCGCCGCGAGAUAUUUUUUAUCGUUCGCCGUUUCCGAAGCUUCGCUGACUUGUUUUUGCGAUGGAUCGUUGUGCAUGGUGUUUCUGCAUGUUGAAUGUUGAUUUCAUAUUCAACAGGACACCGUUGAAUAGUAGUUAAAGCUAUGGAUGAUGAAGUGAUUGGGAAUAAUCAGAACAAUAAAAGAUCACCAAUGACUCUAAACGUGAGCGGACUGUGGGACGUUGUUCCACGGUUGGACCAUUAUAGGCUAAGUCGGCGUGCUAAAAGACCAUCCUUGAGCACCCUGCACGAAGGAAAUCUUAUAAAGGACUCCAAUAUAGAGGCUGGCCAAGUCGGGACGACGCAACAAGGACACACAGGAAUAAAGCUAGGAUGGAUCCAGGGUGUUCUUAUACCAUGUCUGCUGAACAUAUGGGGUGUAAUGCUUUUUCUGCGACUGUCCUGGGUGGUAGCGCAGGCCGGCAUAUUGCAAAGCGUUAUUAUUAUCGGAAUAUCGGCGGCAGUUUGCGUCAUCACGACGCUUAGCCUCAGCGCAAUUAGCACUAAUGGGGAAGUAAAGGGAGGUGGUAUAUAUUUCAUCAUAUCACGCACCUUGGGAGCAGAAUUCGGAGCCUCUGUCGGGAUCGUUUUCGCGUUCGCGAAUGCGGUCUCAGCUUCGAUGAACACCAUCGGUUUCUGUGAUUCCUUGAACGAUCUGCUAAAGGAAAACGGAUUGAAAAUCCUAGACAAUGGAGUGAACGACGUCAGAAUAGUGGGAGUACUCGCACUCAUCGUUAUGAUCAUGAUUUGUGCGGUCGGCAUGGAAUGGGAAUCGAAGGCGCAAAAUUUCCUCAUAGCAAUAAUUGUUGCCGCCAUUUUUGAUUUUCUAAUUGGUACGAUUAUGGGCCCAUCCCGAAUAGAACACAAAGCCCAUGGGUUCCUUGGAUUUUCUACCGACGUGUUCAUGAGCAACAUGGGUCCGGAUUAUCGGUACUCCGAGAACAGCAACCAGACAUUCUUCUCCGUGUUCGCCAUUUUCUUCCCGUCGGUGACCGGAAUCCAAGCAGGGGCUAACAUUUCCGGCGACUUGAAGGACCCAGCCAGCAGUAUACCGAUCGGCACCCUUCUAGCUCUGCUAAUCUCGAUGCUGAGUUACCUGACUUUCGUCUUGUUCGCCGGUGGUGCGGCUGCGAGAGACGCCAGCGGACUCGUCUAUGGGAAUAACACAAUCGGCAAUUGCACUCCACAAGUAGAUUGUUUCUACGGAUUACACAACAGUUAUUCGGUAAUGCAGCUUAUGUCUGUUUGGGGCCCAUUCAUCUACGCCGGCUGUUUCGCUGCAACUCUGUCAACAGCUCUGACGAACUUGUUAUCAGUGCCACGAUUGAUCCAGGCAUUAGGCCAAGAUCGUAUUUAUCCCGGAUUAAUAUACUUCAGCAAAGGAUAUGGCAAACACGGGGAACCUUAUCGUGGAUACGUUCUGACAUUCUUCGUUGCAGCAUUGUUCCUCUUGAUAGCUAACUUGAAUGCGGUAGCGCCGUUGAUCUCAAACUUCUAUUUGGCAUCGUAUGCCUUAAUCAAUUUCUGCACCUUUCACGCAGCACUAGUCCGACCGAUUGGAUGGCGUCCUACCUUUAGGUAUUACAACACCUGGCUGUCCUUGUUCGGCUUUAUCACUUGCGUUUCCAUAAUGUUCUUAAUCGACUGGGUGACAUCGCUCGUUACCUUCGUGAUUAUCUUCGCCCUGUAUUUAAUAGUCGUUUACCGGAAACCAGACGUGAAUUGGGGCAGCAGCACGCAAGCGCAGACAUACAAAACUGCUCUCACCAUCGUAUAUCGAUUGAACUCCAUCGACGAGCACGUGAAGAAUUACGCACCUCAAAUUUUGGCGCUAUCUGGUCCACCUGGCGCCAGGCCAGCGUUACUGCAUCUGGCCAAUCUCAUUACGAAAAACCAUUCCCUGUUGAUUUGUGGAGAAGUAUAUCCGACGAAUCUCGCGUACCGACUGCGUUCGGUUCGAAUGAGAAAUGGCUAUGCAUGGUUGCACCGACACCGCAUAAAGUCGUUUUAUCACAUGGUGGAGGAAUUAAGUUUCGAACGAGGUGCUUCGGCUUUGAUGCAAGUAACAGGCGUUGGAAAAUUAGCGCCAAACGUUGUUUUAAUGGGCUAUAAAACGCAUUGGGCAACUUGCAACCACAAAGAGCUUCAGGAAUACUUCAACGUUCUUCACAACGCAUUCGACCAAAAAUUAGCCGUGGCUAUGCUCCGGAUAGCCGAAGGCUUGGAUUGUUCCGAAGUGGUCACUGCAAAUGGCGACGAAGAACAUGGUGCUCUGGCACAAAGUAGCUAUGACUUGACCGGAAGUACUCUAAUGCACGUGGACAGCAACUUAUCCAUGUCCACUGAAAUCCCGAGAGUUCAAAGUGUGCCUACAAUGGGAACUCAGUUCGUGCCGGUCGAUGGACCACAAAUGAUUCGAGAUUCACCGACACAUGGUAGUGCACGGGACCACCUUAAGCACAAGAGGAAACAUGCAAUCGACAAGUUAAUAGAAAAGCGACACGCAAUGGUAACUGUACCUGAACACUUGGCAAUCUUCCAAAAGAAACACAAGAAUGGAACAAUCGAUGUAUGGUGGUUAUAUGACGAUGGAGGUCUCACGAUUCUGUUGCCGUAUAUUAUCAGCACACGUUCAAAUUGGGAACAUUGUAAAAUGAGAAUUUUCGCACUAGCGAACCACAAACAAGACAUUGGCGCGCAAGAGAAAGAAAUGGCAGAAAUUAUGGCAAAAUUCAGGAUAAGGUAUACGAGCCUCAAAAUGGUGGACGAUAUCAGUGUACAACCGAAGCAAGAAACACAGGAUUUCUUCGACAAACUCAUAUCUGAUUUCCGAAAGAAUGAUCCUGCAGACACAGAAUGCUGCGUCACAGAACUUGAGCUGCAGUCCCUGAAAGAUAAGACGCAUAGGCAAUUAAGACUUCGGGAGUUGUUACUGGAAAACUCCAGUCAAUCGACGUUGGUUGUAAUGUCAUUGCCAAUGCCACGGAAAGGUGCAGUUUCUGCUCCACUCUAUAUGGCGUGGUUGGAAGCAUUAACCAAAGAUAUGCCACCAACGCUAUUAAUACGUGGAAACCAUACGUCCGUAUUAACGUUCUAUUCGUAGUUUACGAUGUAAUGGAAACAAUAAUGUAAUCUUAAAUCUAGAAUGAAAUUUACGUUAAAUAACAACACGGCAAUGUUCGAGCAAACGCGAAGACAUUUUCUGAUGCGUACACAGACAGUAUUCGGUAUAUUCAUGCCAAAAGUUGUAUAGGUGCUAUGAUCUGUUUUCGUUUUUAUACAGUAUUUUUCUCAACGUUGAACCCCGGGGUACUUAAUGAUGAGAUUAUUUUAGCAUAGAAACGAAAGACAACAAUAUAAGGACUCUAAUAAAUUAUAAUUUCACUAUUUGUAAGAUUUUAGGGCACACGAAUAAAAGAGUACAUAUGCAAAAGAAACUUCUUGCAGAAUAUCUUGUACUUAUGAGUGAAAAAUGAUCUUUUGUAGUUACGUUAAUAAUGAAGAAGUUUUAUAUAUUAUGCGUGGAUACAAGAAAUGACAUAUGAACAUUAUAAAGUUCUCUUACGAAGCAUAUUAAAACUGAUGACAUGUACUCUACAAUUAUUACUUAGUUGUAAUGUAUAAUAGUAUACGUGAUAUUACAAGUUUUUGUAAUUGAGUUGAACGUAUAACGCAGGAUUGAUUAAACGAACAAAAAUAGUUGUACUUAUAAUUGUUUGUAAUUUUAAAAAAUUUUAUUGAUUU